AUGUCCAAGAAGACCCAAGGCCGCAAGAAAAUUGAGAUCAAGAAGCUAGAGAACUCUAGCAACAAACAAGUCACAUUCUCAAAACGCCGCGCCGGCAUAUUCAAAAAAGCUGGCGAGCUUAGUGUGCUUUGUGGCGCCCAUGUGGCAAUUAUAGUGUUCUCUGGCGCAGGGAAGGUGUUUUGCUAUGGACACCCGAACAUCAACAUGGUGCUCGAGAGCUAUCAAAACGGUCUUAGUUCAGUCGUCAGAGUUAAUGAGGAAGCUGGCGAUUUGCUGGUAGCGGAGUUCAACAAAGAGUACGUGGAGGCGGAGAAGGAGUUUGAGGAUUUGAAGAGGAAAGCCACGGGGAUUAAACAGAUGGCGGAUGAGAAGAAGAAGAUGAUGAAGAAAAUGAACAUGAGUGAGGGGUUUUGGUGGGAUGAGGCUGUGGAUUUGGCAAUGAUGGAUGAACGGGAAGGGGAGCAGUAUUUCAAGGCGUUGGAAGAGCUAAGGCGAAAGGUGGCUGCUAGGGUUGAUGAGUUGAAGAUUUUGAAUGGGACUAUGAUGGGGCCGCCGGUCCCGGCGGUUCAUCAUCGACUUUGUCAUGUGCCGUUCAUGACCACCAAUAAUCGUUUUGGUAAUUGUCAGGACGUCCAAUUUGGUUCUGGUUAUCAUGAUUUAGGGGUUUAA